ACACCUUGGCACUGACCAAACUGAUCCUUCUCCAUUCCAAUUUCCAUCGAUCGAGAGAGCAAGGCGGCGGCGGCGGCCAUGGCCCAAUCCUCAUCCGCCUUCCCCUUCUCUUCCACCUCCGCCCUCCUCUCCUCCUUCCCCUCCGCUUCCUCCUCUUGCUCCCCUCCUCCAUCCCGCCGCCGGGCCGUCGCGGCCGCGUCCUCGCUCCACCUCGCCCCGGAGGACGUCGCCGAGCUCGUCCGCAACAAGGUUCUGAUUGCUGCGACGGCGGCGAGCGCGGUCGGCCAGCUGUCGAAGCCGUUCACUUCCGGCGAGGGCUGGCGCGGCCUUGACCUCAGGGCCGCCGUCCGGUCUGGCGGGAUGCCCUCCACCCACUCCGCGGCUGUUGUGGCAGUGGCUACCUCGCUUGGGCUAGAAAGGGGCUUUGCAGACUCCAUUUUUGGAAUGUCAGUGGUAUUUGCAGCAAUCGUAAUGUAUGAUGCUCAGGGAGUUAGAAGAGAGGUGGGCAACCAUGCAAGGGUUCUAAACAAGAUAUUGACCCUUCAAGAGAAGAUGACUCAAAAUUCGGAGGACGAUUGCUUGUCAAGCUCCACCUCUAAACUCCACUCCUCGAAGCCCGAAUCGGUUGCCGAGCUCGUCCCAGUGCCUGAGAAGAUGGGUUCUUUACAAGGUUCAAUUGCGAACCCAUACCCGAGACACAGCUCUGGUACCAAAUCGUCGAGAUUGAACGCCCUCCAAAGUUCAGAAACAGAGCUAAGUGAGUUGGCAGAGCUGAAGGACGCUUACACAGAGGAAUGCAACCGGCUGAGCGAAUCCGUCGGCCACACAGUGCUGCAGGUUGGAGCUGGUGCCCUGUUAGGCUUCUUUGUGACCUUAGUCGUUUAUGCCACACUGUAACACACUUAAUCAUUUGUCACAUUCUUCAGAUCACUACACGUAUACUCAGAUUGUUUACACAACAGUCAGUGUAAUUACACGAGCAAUUCACAGUUAGCAUGAGUAAAAAA